CAAGGUGGGUACACAUGGGUUUAACGCACAGUCAUUUCCAAACAAGCAGCAAGGGAGCGUGCCAGUCCCGACCGAUCACGUACACCAUUCACUUUCUGUCCGAGUGUGUUUGUGUGCCUUUCCAAGCGACGAACGGAUUCAGAAGCUGGCGCCCGGACAUCCUGAAGGAGAGGCAGGAUUUGUGUUUGUUUCGUCCAUUAGCGAAGACAACAUUCUAACUUGAAGAGAAGAUGAAUUUGACUAAAUCGUCCGCGGUCAGUAGCCGAGAUGAUGCUGGUCAUGCAACAAUCCCGAAAACGUCGAAAAUCUGCGGCGUGUGCGGUGAUGUCGCUCGCUGCUAUCAUUUUGGUGGCCUGUGCUGCGCCAGCUGCAAAGCUUUCUUCCGGCGAGCCGUAGUCAACGACCGCUACAAGCAAUACCGAUGCGUGUACGGAGGAUCUUGCCGGAUAGAUGUCAUAUCGCGAAAACAUUGUUCCCACUGCCGUUUAAAGCAAUGCCUGGCCAUCGGCAUGGAUAAGAAAUGGUUCAUGUCGGAUGAAAUGCGAGCUGAAUUAAAGAUGAAAUCGAUGAAGAAACUAAGAAACAAUCAAGAACAAUUGAUGAUUCUAACGCAGAAAAUCUGUCGCCAACUGGCACCUGCUGACCGAUCUGUUGACCGGACGUCUGGUCUCGUUCUAAGUCCCGACCACGCCAAGGAAAUCCACCUGUUGGUCCAUCUCUGCAGACGAGCGUACCAGGUCACUGAGUUCCCGAAACAUUGCCAAAGUUCCGAUUGUCAAUCAGCACUACCUGGCCAGACAGCAGUCAUUUUCGCUAGCGUCAUCCGUCGUGUUUUCUUCUUUCUGCGAAGCGUUCCACAACUCCAGCAAUUGGACGAGUCUAGUCAAAUGUCCUUGCUGAAAGAGCGAGGCAUGGAGUCACUAAUUAUCAUGUCGGCGUUGACGUUCGACCCGAUCGGUCGCAAAUGGGCGAGCAAGGAGGGAACGAGUUACAACACUCUGAUCAGCGAGUCUUAUCCAAUCCACGUUUGCGAGAAAGAUUUCGAACGACUGCACGGGCCGGCAGUGAUGCGCAAACAUUUCGAUACCAUCACAUCUUUAUUGCUGAGUUUGAACGUCGACGAGCAAAUCGUCGUGCUGCUGGCACUGGUGGCGUUCUUCGCCAUCGACGAUAACCAACAGGGAAACUCUGCAGAAGCUGCUCACAUCCUGGUGAUCCAGGAGCAUUUUAUCGAAUUGCUCAAACGUUACGUCCACUGGAAAAUGGGUCCAGAAAUCAGCGAGAAAGUCUUUGCCCGUUACAUUCUCAAAUUGUCAGACGUACGCGAAGUCCACAAUCUCCACAAGGUUGCCCAGCUACGUUUGUCCAGCGAUGAGAUCCAUCAGCUAGAGCAUCAAUUGGGAGGACUAGCUCUGUUAAAAGGCGGUUCCCAGCAUUAGCCAUUCGUGCGUGCCUGAUGUCAACUUGGCGGACGUGCUCUUGAUUUCUUGUUUCUUAUUCCGCAUAUCCCUGUUAUGUCUUCCCCCCUUCUUUCACUCGCCUCCUUACCCAUCUCCGCACGAUUUUCAAGAAAGUACAUGUGUACACAAGGAAUGACGUAGCUACUCAAGCAAGUUUUGCACCAUCAGGUUUUCUUGAUGCCUCCAAUGAGUCUGGCUCCUCCCCCCCCCCCAUCAUCCCAGUACAGUAUAGUGAAUUUUGACUGAUAUGCGCGUUGAUACGUGGUCCACAUAGUUGUGCGUCUGCUCACAGGAUUACGUGGUCGAUGUGCCUACGUGAUGUUUUUCAAAACGUUGUAUCCGCCAAUCAAUACAGAAUGUCAUACCGUCAUGAUGAUCGGUGUAUACAACAAAA